CCUGGGGCCUCACACCUUCAGCUGGGUCAAAUUUCUCCUGCAGGUCACUGCGUCCUCUUCGUGAAAAGAGGUUUCAUCUGGACCGUGGCGCAUCGCUGACGUUUCAUCCCUGGAAUACUUUUUAAGGCUGAGCUUUUUAAGAAUCUUGGACCAUGUGAAAUAAAUCGAUUUAAGCUUGUAAAUGAAUUUAGGAGAGUCCUCGACUAAGUUUCGAAUGAGUUCUGCUCGCUGGUGAUCCCCGAGCAGAGACGGUUUAGGGGGGGGGAGGCGAACGAGCGCAUUUUCUUCCCGGCACAGCAUGAACCUCAUCGGGGGCUACCAGCAUCACCACCACCACCACCUGAUGCACGAACCUUUCCCGUUCGUCCAGCGGUGCCACCAGGACGCGCCGUACUUCCAGAGCUGGGUGGUGAACCACGGGGAGGUGCCCGCGGACUUCCAGAUCCAGGCGCCCUUCACGCCGUCCGCGGAGCUGGGCGCGCAUGGAGCUGCGCACGACGGCCGGCUCGAGGGGCUCCAGCCGGGGAUGGGGAAGAGGAGAGCGUCCGGGCCGAAGAAGGAGCGCCGCAGAACGGAGAGCAUCAACACGGCUUUCGCGGAGCUCCGGGAGUGUAUUCCCAACGUUCCCGCAGACACCAAACUGUCCAAAAUCAAAACUCUGCGUCUGGCGACCAGUUACAUCGCGUAUCUGAUGGACGUGCUGGCCAAAGACUCCGGCGAGACGGAGGGCUUUAAGGCCGAGAUUAAGAAAUUUGAAACGCGGGAUUUGAAAAGGAAACGAGAGCUGACCGACGGCCUGCAGGAGACUUUUGGAGGCGAAAAGAAGGUGAAGGGCCGGACCGGGUGGCCGCAGCAGGUCUGGGCCCUGGAGCUCAACCAGUGACCUCCUCAGAAAAGACACACACACACACACACACACACACACACACACACACACACA